AUGAGGGGGGUCUUCUUCGUCUCCCCUCCCCCUCCUUUCCUCCGAACUCUGUGUUCUCCUGUAAAGGGCAUGGGCCCUGGCGGGGGUCUUAGCAGCUGCUCCCCCCUCCCUCUCUCUGCAGUCGCCCAUUUCCUGCACCAGGCCAAGCGGGAGUGCCGCUUCGCCAACGGGACGGCGGGACAGGUGCGCUUCUUCUACACGCUCAUCUACGACCGCCUGGAGGUUGCGCACUUUGACAGCCACCGCGGAACCUUCCAGGCGACGGCAGGGCUGGGCCGGGCCAUUGCCCAGUACUGGAACACCCAGCCGCAGGUGCUGCAGCGCUGGAGUGCCGAGGCGGAGCAGUUCUGCCGCCACAAGUACCAGGUGGCCGAGGCGGGGCAGGUGGUCGGCAAGAAAGUUCAUCCCACGGUGAAGAUCUCCCCCACCAAGGCAGAGCCCCUGUCCCCCCACACCCUCCUCAUCUGCACUGCGGCAGGAUAUUUUCCCUGGGAGAUUGACAUGAAAUGGCUGAAGAAUGGCCAGGAGCAGACCGAGGGUGUGAGAUACACGGAUGAGCACCAGAACAGAAACUGGACCUUCCAGCGCCAGAUGGUGCUGGAGACGGUGCCCGAGCGGGGAGAUGUCUACACCUGCCAGGUGGAAUACGACAGCCUGAUCGAGCCCAUCACUGUGCAGUGGGAGCCACAGACAUCGGACUCUGCCAAGAGCAAAGUGUGGACGGGGGCUGUGGGGGCCGUGCUGGGGCUGGUCUAUGUGGCCCUGGGACUCUCCCUGUACCUGAAGAGCGGGAAAGCGACUCCCCUCCCACCUGCUACAGCCCUCAUCAGGUAACCCUCUUCCUGCCGUGGAUCCUG